AUGCCAUCUGCACAACCACCAGCAUCCCUCGCAUCCAGCUCUUCUGAGACCUCGUGUUCUCCCGGUCCAGGCAUAAUUAACACGACCGACGACCGCAAUGACCGUUCUUCAUCCACCCCCACUGCUUCAUCAACCAAGCAUGCUGGCUCAAGCAGCGCCCAGGACAAGGAGAAGCCGCGAUUGACAGAGCAAGAAAAGAAGAACAACCACAUUGCAUCGGAGCAAAAGCGCCGCGCAGCGAUCCGCGAGGGCUUCGAUCGCCUAACGGAAUUAGUUCCGGGCCUGGAAGGCCAGGGCCGAAGCGAAAGCAUUGUGCUGAGAAAGACGGUUGAUUUUAUUCACAUGCAACUGCAAGAGAGGCAGGAGCUCAUAGCUGAGAUUGAGCGCAGAGGUGGUCACAUUGACGAUACCUUUCGGUCGUGA